AUGGAAGACUCCCAGGACUUAAAUGAACAAUCAGUAAAGAAAACCUGCACAGAAUCAGAUGUUUCAGAACCUCAGAACUCCAGGUCUAUGGAAAUGCAGGACCUAGCGAGUCCUCAUCCUCUGGUUGGAGGUGGUGAUGCCCCUGGUAGCUCCAAACUGGAGAAAGCAAAUCUCAGCAGCACAUCAGUCACCACAAAUGGGACAGGAGUGUCUCUCCUUGCAGUCAAAACAGAACCUUUGAACAGCAGUGAAACCACAACCACGACUGGAGAUGGAGCGCUUGACACUUUUACUGGGUCAGUAAUAACAAGUAGUGGCUACAGUCCCAGAUCAGCACAUCAAUAUUCCCCACAGCUCUAUCCUUCCAAGCCCUAUCCACACAUUCUUUCUACACCAGCAGCUCAAACAAUGUCUGCCUAUGCAGGCCAGACUCAGUAUUCGGGAAUGCAGCAGCCAGCAGUCUACACAGCCUACUCACAGACAGGACAGCCCUACAGCCUGCCCACUUACGAUUUGGGUGUGAUGUUGCCAGGCAUCAAGACAGAGAGUGGACUUCCACAAACUCAGUCUCCGUUACAGAGCGGGUGCCUCAGUUACAGCCCUGGGUUCUCCACCCCACAGCCAGGCCAGACACCUUAUUCUUACCAGAUGCCAGGUUCUGGUUUUGCACCAUCAUCUACUAUUUAUGCAAAUAAUUCAGUUUCCAAUUCAACGAAUUUCAGUGGAUCACAACAGGAUUAUCCAUCCUACACAGCCUUUGGCCAAAACCAGUAUGCACAGUAUUACUCCGCAUCAACGUAUGGAGCAUAUAUGACAUCAAAUAACACAGCUGAUGGCACAUCAUCCUCAACCUCAACCUAUCAGUUGCAGGAAUCUCUUCCAGGACUGACUGGCCAACCAGGAGAGUUCGAUACCGUGCAGAGCCCCUCCACACCCAUUAAAGAUCUUGAUGAGAGAACAUGUAGGAGUUCUGGGUCAAAGUCCCGAGGAAGAGGCCGGAAAAAUAAUCCCUCCCCACCUCCCGACAGUGACCUGGAGCGUGUGUUUGUCUGGGACUUGGAUGAAACCAUCAUUGUUUUUCAUUCACUGCUCACAGGUUCUUAUGCCCAGAAGUAUGGCAAGGAUCCUCCCAUGGCUGUAACCCUUGGACUCCGAAUGGAGGAAAUGAUUUUUAACCUUGCUGAUACACAUUUAUUUUUUAAUGAUUUAGAGGAGUGUGAUCAAGUUCAUAUAGAUGAUGUCUCCUCUGAUGAUAAUGGGCAGGACCUAAGUACCUACAGUUUUGCAACUGAUGGCUUCCAUGCAGCUGCAAGUAGUGCAAACCUUUGUUUGCCAACAGGUGUAAGAGGAGGGGUUGACUGGAUGAGGAAGUUGGCUUUUCGUUACAGAAGAGUAAAAGAAUUAUACAACACCUACAAGAACAAUGUCGGAGGACUGCUUGGCCCUGCCAAGAGAGACGCAUGGCUGCAGCUAAGGGCAGAGAUUGAAGGUUUGACAGACUCCUGGCUAACAAAUGCACUUAAGUCUUUAUCAAUUAUUAGUACUAGGAGUAACUGUGUAAAUGUCUUGGUAACGACAACGCAACUGAUUCCAGCACUUGCGAAGGUUCUACUCUAUAGUUUAGGAGGUGCUUUCCCCAUUGAGAAUAUUUACAGUGCAACUAAAAUAGGCAAGGAAAGCUGUUUUGAGCGUAUAGUGUCCAGAUUUGGCACUAACAUAACUUAUGUUGUGAUUGGAGAUGGCCGAGAUGAGGAGCAUGCCGCUAACCAGCACAACAUGCCCUUUUGGAGGAUAUCAAGUCACUCAGACCUCUUGGCUCUACAUCAAGCACUGGAAUUAGAGUAUUUGUAA